CGAAAACAAGUUCAAUUUCAACUCAACCUUCGAUCGUACCCUAGCCAAAAUAAAUUGCGUCAAUUAUGGCAAGCAUUUCCUUAUUUUUGUGCUUGGUCGUCAUGGCAGGAUGCUCUGUAGAGGGCGCUACACUUAAAGAAAAUGAUACGAAAGAGGUCCUAAAAUUUGAACCGUUGGGGGCAGAAGGUUUGCAAUCUUGUCACUCGGACUGUGAUUACUGCUCGGGUGGGGUCUGCUACUACUACGACGAUGACCUCGGUCUGGCGGUGGGUUGGAUAAUUGCCAUUUCGAUUAUCGUCUUCCUCAUCUUCUUCGUCUGUCUGCCCGUCGGAAUUUGCUUCUGUUGUGGUUACUGCUGUUUCGCAGCUUGUCGAAAACGGGAUCAACCCCAGACCCAAGUUGUUUACAUGCAAGGACCUCCCCCAGCAGGUUACGAGCAACCUCAACAACCACCACAGUACGGCCAGCAACCACAAGCACAACCGUACGUGCAAAAAGCAUAUUCAUAAUACGCUAGAUGAAUAAUUGCUAAAUACUGAAAGAUUUUUUUUCUAUAAGUAUGUAACUGAAUAAAUAUGUACAUACAGAUGCAAAUGAUUGUAUCGUUUCGAUAAAUAUGACAAAUGGACA